AUGGAACCCGCCGAAUCCGAGCCCUACCCUAUUCAUGUUGGCACCUGGACGAACUGGUCUUACGGACGCAUUUUAGGAGUUACGCUUACUCUUCCGCGGCGUGAAGGCGAUCUCCUUAUCGCAUUCUUUGCACUCUUCGUCACCAUAGUUGGAACCAGCGUUUGGAGGAUAUCCUGCUUCACGCUCCAUCAGCUAUAUUCCCGUGAGGCGGCAAGAGACGGGCUUUAUCACCAACGCCAAGCCAUCCUACGCAAUUCGGCCAACGGAGCUAGCGGCCUUUGGAGCUUUCUCCAAGUAACAUGGUCGUGGCGCGGGAACUCACGAAGGCUCUACCGGCGAAUCAUCCCCGUCAUCACACUGACAAUCUUACUUCUCGGUCUCUUUGCCGCCGCCAGUGGAUUCUCUUCUCGAAUCGCGACUACGAUGGGAAAUGAAGUGCUCCUCUCGGCGCAACGUUGCGGCGCCUUGGACCCAAACGCCGCCCAGAACUUUACGGGUUACGAAAGUUCGAUUGUGGCCUACUGGUCCCAGCGCCUUAAUGUAUACGCCAACUACGCAGAGCAAUGCUACUCAAACAAGUCAGACCUCAACAGUUGUCAAACGUUCAUCAAUAAGCAGUUGAAAACGACUGUCGAUCGCAACGCAAGCUGCCCUUUCCACGGAAACAUUUGCUCAACAUCGUCAAACAUCCGGUUUGACACAGGUUUCCUGGAUAGUCACUACGACCUUGGCCUCAACUCGCCACCCAGUGAGCGGUAUCUUUAUCGAAGGACGACCCAUUGCGGACCACUACGCACCGAAGGACGCAAGAAAUUGGUCUACGACAACGAAACGGGAGCAAAUCUCUGGAGGUACUACUUCGGAGAGCAAUUAGAUGCUCCGUUCACCUAUGAGUACCCAGGUCUCUCUUCCGGGGAUGAGUGGGGUGGAACCACGGCAGACUAUACACUGAAGCCACUGAUAUCAAUUACCGAGAAUGGAACUCGAAAUUGGGCUGAAAAUGAGUUCUGGCCUAUACCAGAAAUGGAUUACCCUGAUUCAGACGUCAUGCUCUUCUUUCUAUCACCAAACCGUAUAGUUUUCCUCGAGGAGAUCAACGACCCCUGGUACUCGGCUCACAAGUAUGCUGGGCAAAUCGGCAAUUCAUUCGCUCAGAACGAUCCGUCGGCCGAGUACCUCAAUGUAUAUUUCAGAGACGAUGCUGCUUCUGUUCUUGGAUGUAUACUGCAAGACCAGUUCUGCAACCCAAACUUACCACCGGACAAGCGCUGCGUUUCCACCGCCACAUCAGGCUACGACGCAGUAUUUAACCUUUGGAAGGAUAAGAAAGCACAAUUGCGAGUCAAAUCUGCCAUAGAAGCACACUUCGCAUUCGUUGCCUCUAUUUCCUCCGUGGUCGAGAUUCUCGGUGUGCCGGCCUUGACCUCUCGAUACAAACUUGCCGCUGGCAUGCAGAGAGCUUUACCAGACAACCAAUGGCAGUUGGACGUCGAGCAUUGGCAUGAGACAUCCAUGGCCUACCUCCAGGGCACAUACAUCGACGCCGCGACCAGACCAUCAGACCCCGAAUUCCUUCCAUACCUCGUCGAACCCAAAGGCGACGACGAGCGCUACUUUUGCCGGAACCAGAAAAUCCGCAGCACCGCCUACACCAACUUCUCCGUCUUCUACCUCGCGCUCGUCUUCUCCCUCGGCGCCGUCGUCAUCAUCCUCUCCUACACCCUCGAGCAGCUCGUCGCCACCAUCCAGCGCCGGUACAACCUCGACAAACACGCGCGGCUGGAGUGGUGCACGAACGAGACGCUCCAGCUGCAGCGGCUGGCGCACGAGGAACUGCUCGGUUUGCGCGGCGUGACGUGGAAGGGCUGCACCGGUGGUGUGCCCGUGGUGACGGAGCGUGGGCGCUUGCUGGGGGUGCUGGAUUUGGAGGAUCUGGAGCACCCGAGGCUCAAGGCGCCGCUGGUGUCGUUUGAGGAGGAGGGUUUGGCAGGGGGAGGUGGAAGUUGGGGCUGUGGUGGGCAAGAAAGUGAACAAAAGGGGGUGGUACAGUCUGCCCGGGUCAGUGAGGAGCGAUCUCUGAGCUUGAACGAUAGGGAUUGUGUAAGUGUCGUUUCGGGAGAAGGAGAUGCGCAGAGCUUUCGAUCUGUUCGGCGCACCGAUGAUUGA